AUGGGUCGUCGAAUUGUCUUCGGUGGCUGUCACUCAAUAGAACGGAAAUUGGCGACUUUGCGGCUCUCCAAUGGUUGUCACCCGACAGAGGAGCUUGAUGGAGGUGGGGCGUGUGUUAGGGAGCUUCAUCCUCAAGUUUGCGCAGCAAGAGGAGGCUCUUCAUCGCAUCCGGCACGCUCUCAAGAGGUGGCGACUUAUCUCUUGGCGGAUCGUCCUCUUCCCAAUGACGGCUUGUUUGUCGAUAAAUUGGAGAUGCUUUUCUCAAUGGAUUCACGAUCCUUUUAUCAUGAAUCAUUCAACAAUUUUAGUAACAAUACUUUAUAAAUCACGUUGAUGAGAUUUUUGCCGAUGAUCUAGUGAUUUUGGCAGCUUGACGUGACUUAAUCAUUGUAUAGUAAAUCACACAAAUUAAAAAUUUAUAAAACUAAAAAAUAGUAAUAUUUUUGGAUAUUUAGAAGUAUUUCUAAAUAAAUAUAUCAAUUAAAAUUUAUUAAAACUUCCAAAAAUAACAAUAAUUUUCCAAGUCGAUCACAGGGAUGUAAUAUAAUAUCUGGUAAUUAUUCAGAAUUUUCAGCAAAUAAUACUAUUUUCUAUGAAUUUUAUACUAAGAAAUGAAAAAGAAAUAUAUUUAAAAUUUACGAAAAAAAGAAAAUAAGGGUGUGGACAUCAUGAUGACAUCAGCACCCGACGAAUGCAAAUCAGACAGAAACAGAGUUCCACCCGACAAUUCUUACGUAAACGAUUAUAGAUGAUUUAAUUGAUCAAAUUAAGAUAUGUAAAAGCCAGAAGAAGCAUAAUGAAAUGAAAUAUAUCUUGGUAAAUUUAAAAUAAAAAAAUUAUCACUAAAUGAAACGGAAAUUAAGUUGAAAGUGGUAAAACAGUGUUUCGACGUUGCGGCGGUGAUGCGUUGGCAAUGCAUCAAAAUCUUGAGCAUUUAGGAGGAUUGUCGUGUGGUGUCCACGGCCUCAAAGGCUCUCCUUAGACAAAGACAACAUGGGCAAUUUCUAGAUCUCCUUGCAAAGUCUAGAGAUCAAUGAAAUGGGUCGUCGAAUCGUCUCCGACGACUGUCACCUGGCGGAGCGAAAAAAUGGUAACUUUGUGGCUCUCCGGCGGUUGUCACCCAAUGGAGAGGAGCUGGAUGGAGGUGGGGCGCGUGUUAGGGAGCUUCAUCCUCAGGUCUACAUAGCAAGAGGAGGCUCUUCAUCGCAUCCAGUACGCUCUUAGGAGGUGGCGACUCGUCUCUCGGCGGAUCAUCCUCUUCCUGACAACGGCUUGUUCGUCAAUCAAUUGAAGAUGCUUUACUCGAUGGAUUCACGAUCUUUUUAUCACGAAUCGUUCAACAAUUUUAGUAACAAUACUCUACGAAUCGCGUUGACGAGAUUUUCGCUGAUGAUCUAACGAUUCUAGUUGCUUAAUCCUUCACCGGCGAUCUGUAGGAAAGCCACGAUAAUCAGAUAAAAAAUAUGAAUUUUGGCUCUAGGAAGAUUCGAACCCGUGCUGGUUGCUCACCCUUUCUGGGGAAGGUGACGCGGAUUUAGUCCCACAUUGGUUGUGCGCCGACAUUUCUGGUGAAUAUAUAGUAAUAUUACAUUUCUGAUCAAGUCCCUUUCUCACGUGUGUACGACCACUCCUUGCCCCAUAGCCGGUUGGCCACCGGUGACGUAGAUGGAGGGUGACACACAUGUGCCCUAUCGGUCCAAGCUGCUCGAGCCCUUGUUCGCAGCUAGUCCCCAACUGUGCUUCUGACCCGCUUGCGGGCCCAACUGGCCAGUAGGUCCCCCCCAUUUUGUCUUUUUUUUCUUUUAUUUCUUUUUCUUUAUUUAUCUCAAAAGUAAGACUAUAAAAAUCAUAUAAAUUCGUAUAAAAUCAUAUAAUUACCCAAAAAUUCAUAUUAAUCAACUGAAACCACUUUUCACACUUUAACAUAAAUAUAAGUCUAUUUAUCAUGAGUUAAGGCUAAAACUAUAUUAUUUAUUAAUUAUUAACUCAUGAUAAUGAAGACUUAUCACAACUUAAUCCUUCACUAGCGAUCUGUAGGAAAGUUGUGACAAUUAGAUAAAAAAAUAUGAGUUUUGACUCUAGGAGGAUUCAAACUCGCACCAGUUGCCUACCUAUAUGAGAGAGAUUGACAUAAGUACUCUAAUGCCCUUAUCAAAUGACGUCAUCAUAGUAUAUCUUUGUUAUAAAUAAGGGGUCUUUUAGGUAUUUAAAUCAUCGAACCCUUUUUGGGGAAGGUGUGAUGCGGGUUUAGUCCCACAUCACUUGUGCGUCAAAGUUUCAGGCAAAUAUAUAGUAAUAUUAUAUUUACAAACAAGUACCUUUCUCGCGUGUGUAUGACUACUCCUUGCCCCACAGCCGGUUGGCCACCAAUGACGUAGAAGGGGAGUGGUGCACACGUGCCCCAAUCGGUCCUAGUUGCUUGAGCCAUUUAUUUUUUUGAACUCUUUUGAUGGCUUAUCUACAUGAGAGAGUAUAAAACUAUCAAAGUCCAUUUAAGAAUACUAGAGGAUUUAUUUCAAGGUUAGUUUAAAUGUAUAAAUGGAAAUAAUAUCAUAAUCAUAAGUUACUUAUAUUAAUUUAAUCAUGUAUAUAUCUUUUUUAUCAAAGGGUGAUCCUUUAAUGGAUAUUUGAUCAAUGAUCAAGUGUUUCUUUCAUGAAGAAUCAUUGGAUCUCAAUAAUUAACACCUUGAAUCAAUAAAUAUAACUCAUAUGAUAUUACACAACACAUUGAAUAAUUAAUUUAACUUAAUGGCAUAUAUAAAUAACUCUCAAUAUUUAAUAAAUAAUUUUUCACUUGUAACAUCAAAACCAAGGGGAUUGAUUAGUCUUCAUUAUCAUGAGUUAAUAAUUAGUAAAUAAUAUAGUUUUAGCCUUAACUCAUGAUAAAUAGACUUAUAUUUGUGUUAAAGUGUGAAAAGUGGUUUUUAGUUGAUUAACGUGAAUUUUUGGGUAAUUAUGUGAUUUUAUAUGAUUUUUACAGUCUUACUUUUGAGAUAAAUAAAGAACAAGAAAUAAAAAUAAAAAUAUUGCAAAAUGGGGGGACCUCGUCGGCCAGUUGGGCCCACAAGCAGGUCGGAAGCUCAGUUGGGGAGUAGCUGCAAGCAAGGGCUCGAGCGGCUUAGACCGAUAGGGGCACGUGUGCGCCACUCCCCUUCCACGUCACCAGUGGCCAGCUGGCUGUGGGGCAAGGAGUGGUCGUACACGCGAGAGAAGGUACUUUGCUUACAAAUCUAACAUUACUAUAUAUUCGCCCAAAAAAUCGGCGCACAACUGAUGUGGGACUAAACCCGCGUCACACCUUCCUCAGAAGAGGUGGGCGACCGGCGCGGGUUCGAGUCCUUCUAGAGUCAAAAGUCAAAUAUUUUUAUCUGAUCAUCGUGACUUUCCUGCAGAUCGCCGGUGAAGGACUAAGCAACCAGAAUCGCUGGAUCAUCGGCAAAAAUCUCGUCAAUGCGAUUCGCGGAGCAUUGCUACUAAAAUUGCUAAAGGAUUUGCAAUAAAAGGAUCGUGAAUCCAUCGAGUAAAUCAUCUUCGAUUGAUCGAUGAACAAGCCGUCGUCGAGAAGAGGACGAUCUGCCAAAAGACGAGUCGCCACUUCUUGAGAGCGUACUAGAUGCGAUGAAGAGCCUCCUCUUGCUACCCGGACCUAAGGAUGAAGCUCCUUGACAUGCGCCCCACCUCCAUCCAGCUCUUCUCUGUUGGGUGACAGCCGCUGGAGAGCCGCAAAGUCACCGUUUUUCCGCUCCGCUGGGUGACAGCUGCCGGAGAUGACUCGACGACCCAUUUUAUUAAUCUCUAGACUUCGCAAGGAGAUCUAGAGAUUGCCCACGUCAUCUUUGUCUAAGGAGAUCCUUCGAGGCUGUGGACACUACACGACGAUCUUCCUAAACGCUCAGGAUUCCGGUGCAUUGCCGACGCAUUGCCGUCACGACAUUGGAACUCUGUUUUCCUGCUUUCAACUUACUUUACGCUUCAUUUAGUGAUAGUUUUUGUGAUUUUAAUUUACCAAAAUAUACUUUGUUCUAUUACAAUUUUUCCGGCUUUUACAAAUCUUAAUUUGAUCAAUUAAAUCGUCUGUAAUCGCUUACGUAAAAAUCACCAGGCGAAACUCUGUUUCUGCCCGAUUUGCGUUCGCCGGGCGCUGACGUCAUCCUGAUGUCCGCACCCUUAUUUCCCUUUUUGUGAAUUUUAAAUAUAUUUCCUUUUCAUUUCCUACUAUAAAUUUCAUAGAAACUCGUAUUCAUUGAGAAAAUUUUUGAAUAAUUACCAAAUAUUAUAUUACAUUCCUAUGAUCGACUUGGAAAAUUACCACUAUUUUUAAAAAUUUUAUUGAAUUAUAAUUGAUAUAUUUAUUCAAAAAUACUUCUAAAUAUCUGAAAAUUCGUAUUUUCUAGUUUUAUAAAUUUUAGAUUUGUGUGAUUUAAUAUAUAAUGACUGAGUCAUGUUAGGGAUCAACAAGUUUCUUUUAAAAAACUAUCAAUCAACAAUUGUUACAAUCCAAAAAAACCCUAUUCAAGAAUAACGACCUUGAUGGUCUUUUAAACACAUCAUAGAGAUAAAAGUAUUCCAAAAUAUUUAAUAUGAUACUUGAGAUAUUUUGAUAAUCUCUGGAAAGGUUGAUAAAGUAGUAAUCUCACAAUUUAAAAGAGUUUAAUUAGAUGCAGAAUCUCAUUUCCAUGGAAGCAAUUAUUUAUUUGCUUCUUUCUAGAUUUUGCAUAUGCCAGCUCUAAUAAAUUGACAAUUGAAAUUCUUCCCAGUGUUCGCAACUUAGUGUAUUAGACAGAAUUUGUGCAUUAUGUUGUACUUGUGGUGUGCAAGUUUUGAAACAUGCAAUCUGUAGUGGUCCAAUAAAAAACUAGACUAAAAGCAUAUUAUUCAAGAAACCCUAUUAUUAUCUCAAUCCUAAAGUCUCAAUAUCAAUAUUUUUCAGUAGUAGUCUUUUAUUACAUGUUUCACAUCAUAUAAAAAGUAUAAAGUUGAUAUCAAUUUUCUUCUACUUCAAAGAUGAAAAUCAAUUCCUCAUUUAAAACUACAAAUAUUUUAUAGACCUCAAAAAAGACAGGUCUUUCUGAGGUCUAUGACUACAUUAAAUAAUUAGUUACUCAAGUGGAUGUUAAAUAUUUCGAGAAUCUUUGCAUCCUUGGCCAAGAAGAUCAAUGAAAAUUUAAGAACUUAAAUCAUCGGAAAAUUUCAUGUCAUGUUGAAAUUUUGAAAAAUACCUAAAGACUGUUCAAAACUUACUAUUCAAUAACAAAGAACGUUGACCAACUCCCUAAGCCAACUAUCAACUGCAUUCUAGGAAGUUUCCUCAUAUCCAGGCUCUUCUAUCGACUAUUGCCUUGUAUCAUCUUCUUCAUUGCAAAAUUAUCCAUCACGAUGGCGUUAUUGUUUGUAAUGCUGGCCUCCUGUUAAACCCCCCCUUUAGCUUGUAGCCCAACUUUGGUCAAUUGACUUUUGGUAGGUCUUAGCUUACCCGAACAUGGAUGUACCCUUGACUUUAUGAGAACUCUUCCCUCGAAUUCAUGCAAGUGAGACUAGGGACUGAUAUUAACCGGUAACAAACGAAAACGUCCCUUGGUAUAGGUGCGAGAACUACUCUUAUAAAGUGUAAUUUACCAUCUUUUACCAUUUAAUGUUGACGCAAUUAUUUUAUUAAAUUCUCCUGUAGGAAAAUGUGGACAAAAAGUUAAUAUCAAAAUUUAAAACUUUUAGGUCAUUCAGCUCAAAAGUUAAUUGCCAAUGGUUAAUGCUCAACCAUCUAGAGAACUUAGUUUUAGUCAUAUUUUAUAAGUCAGAAAUUGUAGAACGAGACAUUUUUAAGGGAUCAUGUGAUAUGAAUUAUGAGAGAUGAUUAUAUCCUUACGAAAAAGAAACUAGAGAGACAGAUACUUGUAGGCAUAUACUUUUCACAUAGUUUAAAAACUCUAGAUUAAAGAGAGCACUUAGUAGUUACCAAGUAUGCUACAUAGUAGAGUGGAAAACUACAAACCAAAAACCUUUCUUUCUAAGUUUAUUGCCAAGAAAAAGGAAACAUCUCAUUCAACCUGACUUGCGUCAAAUUCGGUUUUGAAGUUUGCUUACAGUAGAUUUAAUAAUGAACUUGAUGAUAUAUGAAAAUUAUUGGAUCAUUUAACAAUAAUUGCCAACUAUAUAUCGACGAAAGUAUAAAGUUUUAACUUGGUGACAUGUGGGUAUCUCAAUUUUUUUCCGUGAUUGACCUUUUGAUAGGUUAUUUUAUCAGUGACUACCGAUUUUAAUUCCCGAAAAAAACUCAUACUGUGGAACAGGAACAGUCUCUCUCUCUCAUGGGUUCCCUCAAGUUCGCUUUUGGAUAUAUGCCCAACGGACACGGCAUGGGGGAAGAUAUGUCCCAUCAUCAAGACGUACGCCGUCAGUUUCUUUUCCGUCGAGGUCCAUUUGCUGACCACAGCACCGGUAUCCAUUGUUGACUAACAAAAUGUACAGUUUUAGGACCACAGACCGGUAUAUAGACGACUCGAAAUGGAAGAUUUACAACUACGGAGAGAGGGAAGCGGACAAGAGACAGACAGACGGACAGAGAGGAGGCACGGAGACAAGGGAGAAGGAGAGCGAGAAGGAGAAACAGAGAGGGAGAGAGAGUGAGAGACGGGACAGAGAGAGAGAGAGAGAAAUGAGUCUAGUUCGAUUCCUGCUCCUACUGCAGCUGGUGUUCACAGCUGCACCCCAGACUACGAGAGCUUUCAACACCGCACGCCGGUCCUGCAGAGACAAGUGCGGCAAGAUCGAUAUCCCCUACCCGUUUGGCAUAUGAGACGGGUGCUACGCUGCGGAAUACGGCAACUUUGGUAUAACCUGCGAUGAGACAUCCAACCCUCCGAAACCCAUUCUCAUCACCGACCCCCCGCUCGAGAUCAUUAAGAUCGACAUCACCCAAGGCACGCUGACAGUCAAGGGAUACGUCGGUCAUCAGUGUUUCUUCCAGAACGGAUCAACCAGCACUAGGCACCUCUCCUAUAAUUUCGGCUCACUACCUUACACCUUCUCGAAAACAAGAAACACCUUCAUGGUAGUCGGCUGCGACACCCAGGCGUUCGUCCAUUUCAAAGAAGGUGCCGCCGGCUGCUUGACUUAUUCCACCAGCUCGAAGGCUCUGAGGGAAAGCGGCUGUAAGGGAUUGGGAUCUCGAUGGGGAUUGGGCUGCUGCACGUCAGAGAUCCCCAACGGCCUCAAGUCUCUGGAGGCGAAUAUCAGCAGAUUUGCUAACUACGCCAACUCCCUAGCCUCCGACCAUUGUGGCUUCGCGUUCUUGGCGUCGGGGUAUAGCUACGAUUUUCCCCCCUCUGAUCUCGAUGACAGAAAAUUGGCCGACGCGGAUGUACCCAUAGAGCUCGAUUGGUCAAUCGGGAACCAGACCUACGAUGAAGCCGAGAGAAAUUCUGCCAGGGGAUACGCCUGCCCCAGCAAUAACAGUAGAUGCUAUGGUCGGUAUGAGGGCCGCGUCGGAUACCUCUGUCGCUGCUCCAGCUACAACGGCAAUCCUUAUCUGGAGAGCGGCUGCGAAGGUAUAGCGACUGCGGGCUCCACGACGACCUGCCUCUAUUUUACCCAUAUUGCUCAGACAUGAAUUUCUUUUAUUUUCUUUUAUAUAUAAUAUUAGGAAGAUGUACUUAGGUUAUGAUUCAAUUCUUCAAGAUUUGAAAUAUAGAAACUUUGCUGGAGUUUACUUUUCGAAUGAUCGGGUUUAGAAAUUUCAGUUUACCUUGCCGGAUCUCGGCCGCUCCGAGCCAGCACAGGUAAGAGUUCAUGAAAAACGGGCGUUGGGCCCCUGGAUUCAUAAGAAAGGGCCCCAGGUUGAACCCUCGAAGAUUGGACACGACCCAAAUUAAGACCUGACUGAGCAGGCUUUCACGCAAUGUUUUGAGGCGUUAAUUUUCAGAAAAUGUGGGAUUUUGACAAUAUUGAUGAAGUCUCUGCGAGUAAAGUUUCCAUUUUUAGCUCACAAUCACAUUUCACGGGUUAGAAUCGGUGAAUCCUUGGAAAGUUUGAUAUCUUUACGUUUUCAAGCAAACUGACUAUGGUUUCGCGUCUGCUUUCCGUCUGAAUAGCUGUAGGGAGCCUAAAAGUCAGCACUACCUUCUUCCGGGUUGAUAUUCCGCCACUCUGGCUUAUUAUUGGUGCGUUGAAUCGUCUCCCCGAGCUCUUAAACUCCAAGAAAACGGGGGUCAUAUUCUCGCCGGGACCACGUGUUUUUGCUGGGUAUUUCAAAAGAGAAAAGUCGUCAAGCAGAGGAAAAAGUUUGCGGAACUCAAAAGAAGGAUGUUCGAGCAGAAUGGGGGCCUCGUGCUGCAGGAGCAUAUCUCAUCUCAGCCGGGAAACACCUUCAAGAUAUUCAGCGAAUCGGAGCUGGUCAAGGCCACUGACGGUUUCCACGACGACCGAAUAAUCGGGCGAGGAGGCUACGGCGUGGUCUAAAUGGACCGACUGGAGGGCGGGGUGCUUGUUGCCAUCAAGAAGUCCAGAAUCAUGGACGAGAGGGAGAGCAAGGAGUUCGCCAGGGAGAUGGCCAUCCUCUCCCAGAUCAACCACUUCAACGUGGUCAAGAUCCUGGGCUGCUGCCUCGAAGUGGAGGUCCCCAUGCUUGUUUACGAAUUCGUCCCGGGCGGCACGCUCUUCGGCUUAAUCCACCGCCGGAGGAGCGGAGAGCCGAUCGCCCUGGCAACCCGCCUGAGGAUUGCUUCAGAGAUCUCCUAAGCUCUGGCGUACUUGCACUCGUACGCUUCACCCCCGAUAUUCCACAAGGACGUCAAGACGUCCAACAUUCUUCUGGACGGGAACUGCCGGGCAAAGGUCUCCGACUUCGGGGCUUCAGCAGUAGCUCCGGCCGACGAGGCGGAGGUGGCGACAGUGGUGCAUGGAACCUGCGGCUACCUCGACCCGGAGUACCUGCAGACGUAUCAGUUCACGGAGAAGAGCGACGUCUACAUCUUUGGCGUGGUGCUGGUGGAGCUGCUGACCGGGAGAAAGCCAUUUCAGGCCCAAGAUGCCGGAGAUCACCGGGGUCUGGCUAUGACCUUCGUGUCCUAUUUCCGGCAUGACAGGUUGGCGGAGAUUCUGGACGCUGACGUUCUUCAGGAUGAUCAGAUGGAGAGGCUAGUUGAUAUCGCUGAGCUAGCAUGCCGGUGUCUGAGCAUGAGGGGGUUCGACCGCCCAACUAUGAAAGAAGUCACUAUAGCUCUGCAUGCAAUGGGCGGCCUACCAUGGGAGAACCCUUCGCUUACCCCAUACACUCCGGAGGGAACUGAUAACCAGUUGGGCCAAGGUCAGUCGACGGCGUACGGGAACAUGUAUUCUGGUAUCCCGGAUGACAGUGCCGUUCUUGGGAUCAAAACAGGGCAUUGAGAUGAUGUUAUAUUCCUCCCCUGUACCUCCAUCACUGGGAACCGACGACGAACCACAUAAGGUUCCAUUAUAUUAAACUAUGAUCUACAUUGCCAUAUACCUAUUUAUAGCAUGGUGUGAAUCAAGCAUGAUUGUUCAUGGACUAGAAUAGGAAGAAAAAGUUUUUACGGAUGUGAAAGGCUGGAAAUAUCGCAUUGUGCUUGCCGGAAUGGUAUCUACCAAACUUAAACUUUUAAAUAAGAGAUUUCUGAGAAAAAGGACAAGACAAAACUUUACCAGAAAUUUAUACAAUUGUGAUUUAAAAAUAAAACCAGUCUAGUAGUUUCUUGCAAAGAAUUCUUUUCAACGCAUGUAAAAUACAGAUGAACAUCAAGUCGUAAAUGCCCUUCACAUUAUAUCCUUGACUUAUACGAGAGGUAGGUGAGAUGAAUCUUCAAAUACAAAUGAUGUAUUAUGCCUUACGGUUUUGGGAGUGUAAAUAGCUUUGAUCAUGAAAAGGUGGAUAGAAGGGUAAAACGAGAACGUUAGCAAGGUAAAAAUUUAUCCCGUUGUGAUCUUAAAUCAUUGAAGAUGAAAAUGUCUCUUUAACAAAGAAAAAUACUUGAGGGGUAAAAUUAUCUCUAUCAGAAAUUUUUUAAAUACAGGUUUCUAUCACUAAUAUAGGCGAACAGGAUACAAGUUCAUGAAAAGUGAAAUUUUUCGAAUUGGUAAAAUUUUAAAUUUUAUUUGAUAAUUUAUCAAACAUAAAUUGAUUUGUACACGUGACAACAAAUGACUUGACAUCUAGCCAUUGAAAAUAUCUUUUGGAUGUUCCAAAACCCUAAGUAUAAAGAGUGGACAUAGACCCACAUUAAAACCACCAAAAAAGAAGUGGAAUCUAGUUGCUACUCAAGUAUUCAAGUUUCCUCACAGGAAUGGCUUAUACCAUAUCAAGAAAAAGAGCUUUACACAAGGAAGUUGUGGGCUGAAAUGUGAAAUAAAUGGUAACCCAUUCAAACUGUGUAAUUUGACUAAAAUAGUAAUUUGUUCAUUUGAGUAGAGCCAUUACUCAUUUGACAUGAACCAAGAAAAAAUCAUCAAUCUAGGAGGGAUUAAAAAUGUGAUAAUUUUGUUUUUGUGGACCUAGAGUUGUAAAUCUAGAAGGGAUUAAUAGGGUGCUAGUCAUGUUGGGCAAAGGUAGAGUCAUGAGCAUUGAAGAUGGUUGAUCAACACAUAGUCAUUGAAUUUUGACAAUUAUAACAGAACUUAGAAGAUGAAAAUUAGCUUUAAAUUUAUUGUGAGUUUAGGUCAAUCCUCAGGGAUGACUUUCAAAUUCAUAAUAUCAAAUUCCAUUCUCAGAUACUAAUUGCCAUAAAAGGAACUAUGAAAAAAGGUUUUCUCUAAUUCCUAGUCACUGUUGCCACAUCUUCACUAGUAAGAAGAUAGUAGCAAGGAAAGUGCAUGGAGAAGUGAGGAAAAAGAAGAGAAGAAGAGGGGAGAGAAUAGGCAAUGUGUAAACAACAUUCAACAUUGGAACUGAAGUCAUGGACAUCACUCCUGCAGUAAGAAAACAAAUUUCAAGACGAACUGAAAAUGAACAUGCCCUAUUUGCCAACCAAGGAUGAAAAUAAAACUGCUAAAACUAACUUCACGCACAAAACUAACUAGAAACAUAAAUCAGUAGGCCAACAGUCUAACCCCACCACAUGUCUGUCACUCACAUGGCUAGUCUAGUGAAAACAACGAAAAUGAAACACAAAUUGGACGAAAUAAGCUUAGUUAAUUAGUCCCCUUGUCCGUUGCCCUCCGUCAGUCACCCAGAGGGCAGUCUGUCUAUUGCUGCUGUGCUCAGCCAGCCAUGGAGUUGCUCCAUCCACCACCACCAUGCUCAGCCUGCUGUGGACGCCGCCAUGCUCACCUUUGUUGUGAUGCCCUUCUGCCCCCUAGCCCUGUCGUGGUCUCUUCUCUCUCUCUCUCCCCCCCACCCUACGAAGUCUCAAUGAUGGGCCUCCAUAUUAGGCCUGAUAUCAUUAUCCCAUUAACAUCUCCGACUUAAGCUUUUAUGAUGGGCUUUCAUAUAGGGCUUGGUAUCAUUGGCCUAUUAACAUCUUACUACCCUACAUAAAUUUACAUAAGUCCAUGGGUUUUUUUUCCUAUAUUUAAUUUUCAUCAUUUUCCUGUCAAUUAAAAAAUAUUUCUCAAGACUAUAUGUUGUGAAUAGUCAUCUUAGGAUAUAAGUUAAAUCGUCAAAUGGUCAUUUCUAAAAAAUAAUAUGUUGGUCCAACAAGAACUCAUGAAACAUGUUAUUAAAUCUAGUUGAUCUUUUCUAUUCAAUUUGAUUUCAUUUGAACUUAGUUAAUGUGGUAUUUAGUAUCAUUCUUCUUCAAUUAUUAUAUAAAAAUUAGGUAUUAACAACGGUUUUAGGGAAAAAUAAUAAGACUUGGCUAUCAUUGUUAACUCUAAUGAUAAGCUUAUUGAAAUUUUCUUUUUAGUAAAGUCAAAGAUUUAGUCAAAGAAAAGACACUGUCCUCUUAGUGUGGAGUAGGUCAAGUCGACCACACCAUAAAUUUGUAUGACUAGAUUGAAAAAGAAUCAAGAAUUCAAUAGAAACUACUAAAAGACUGAUUCACCCCCCUAGUUUCUAGUGCUAAUUUAGCAAGUGGCAUUAAAGCUAGUGACAUGACUUAGUCGUUGUAUAGUAAAUCACAUAAAUUUAAAAUUUAUAAAACUAGAAAAUACAAAUUUUCAAAUAUUUACAAGUAUUGCUGAAUAAAUAUAUCAAUUAUAAUUUAAUAAAAAUUUCAAAAAUAGUGAUAAUUUUCCAGGUCAAUCAUAGGGAUGUAAUAUAAUAUCAAGUAAUUAUUUAAAAUUUUCUUCAAAAAAUAUUAUUUUUUAUAAAUUUUAUACUAAGAAAUAAAAAUGAAAUAUAUUUAAAAUUUACGAAAAAAGAAAAUAAGGGUGCAGACGUUAGGAUGACAUUAGCGCCCGGUGAAUACAAAUCAAGUAGAAAUAGAGUUCAACCUAGCGAUUCUUACGUGAGCGAUUACAGAUGAUUUAAUUGAUCAAAUUAAGAUCUGUAAAAGCCGAAAAAAUCGUAAUUGAAUGAAGUAUAUCUUAGUAAUUUAAAUCACAUAAAUUAUCACUAAAUGAAAUAAAACUUAAGUUGAAAGUAGAAAAAUAGAGUUUCAACGUCUCGACGGUGAUGCGUUAACAAUGUAUUAGAAUUCUAAGUGUUCGGGAGGGUCGUUGACGUGACUCAGUCGUUGUAUAUUAAAUCACGCAAAUAUAAAAUUUAUAAAACUAGAAAAUACGAAUUUUCAGAUAUUUAGAAGUAUUUCUAAAUAAAUAUAUCAAUUAUAAUUCAAUAAAAAUUCCAAAAAUAGCGGUAAUUUUCCAAGUCGAUCACAGGGAUGUAAUAUAAUAUCUAGUAAUUAUUCAGAAUUUUUCUCAAUGAAUACGAUUUUCUAUGAAUUUUAUACUAGGAAAUAAAAAGGAAAUAUAUUUAAAAUUCACGAAAAAGGGAAAUAAGGGUGCGGGCGUCAAGAUGACGUCAGCACCCGGCGAACGCGAAUCAGGCAGAAACAGAGUUCCGCCUGGCGAUUCUUACGUAAGUGAUUUCAGACGAUUUAAUUAAUCAAAUUAAGAUCUGUAAAAGCCGGAAGAAUCGUAAUAGAACAAAGUAUAUUUUGGUAAAUUAAAAUCACAAAAACUAUCACUAAAUGAAGCGUAAAGUAAGUUGAAAGCAAGAAAACAAAGUUCUGGCGUCGCGACGGCGAUGCGUCGGCGAUGCACCGGAAUCCUGAGCGUUCGGGAGGAUUGUUAUGUAGUGUCCACAGCCUCGAAGGCUCUCCUUGGACAAAGACGACGUGGGCAAUCUCUAAAUCUUCUCGCGAAGUCUAGAGAUCAAUGAAAUGGGUUGCUGAGUCGUCUCCGGCGGCUGCCACCCGGCGGAGCAGAAAAAUGACGACUUUGCGGCUCUCCGGCGGCUGUCACCCGACGGAGAGGAGCUGGAUGGAGGUGGGGCGCGUGUCAGGGAGCUUCAUCCUCAGGUCCGCGCAGCAAGAGGAGGCUCUUCAUCACAUCUGGUACGCUCUCAGGAGGUGGCGACUCGUCUCCCGGCGGAUCGUCCUCUUCCCGACGACGGCUUGUUCGUCGAUCAAUCGGAGAUGAUUUACUCGAUGGAUUCGCGAUCCUUUUAUCGCGAAUCGUUCAGCAAUUUUAGUAGCAAUGCUCCGCGAAUCGCGUUGACGAGAUUUUCGCCAAUGAUCCAGCGAUUCUGGUUGCUUAAUCCUUCACCGGCGAUCUGCAGGAAAGUCGCGAUAAUCAGAUAAAAAUAUAUGAAUUUUGACUCUGGGAGGAUUCGAACCCGUGCCGGUUGUCCGCCCCUUCUAAGGAAGGUGUGACGCGGGUUUAGUCCCACAUCGGUUGUGCGCCGAUUUUUCAGGCGAAUAUAUAGUAAUGUUAGCUUUUUAAGCAAAGUCCCUUCUCUCGCGUGUACGACCACUCCUUGCCCCACAGCCGGCUGGCCACCGGUGACGUGGAAGGGGAGUGGCGCACACGUGCCCCUAUCGGUCCAACCUGCUCGAGCCCCUGCUCGCGGCUACUCCUCGACUGAGCUUCCGACCCGCUUGCAGGCCCGGCUGGCCGGCGGGUCUCCCCCAUUUUGCAAUAUUUUAUUUCUUUUUCUUCAUUUAUCUCAAAAGUAAGACUGUAAAAAUCAUAUAAAUUCGUAUAAAAUCACAUAAUUAUCCAAAAAAUCACAUUAAUCAACUGAAAACCACUUUUUACACUUUAACACAAAUAUAAGUCUAUUUAUCACGAGUUAAGGCUAAAACUAUAUUAUUUACUUAUUAUUAACUCAUGAUAAUGAAGAAUUAUCAAUCGUCAUGUAGUGUUCACAGCCUCGAAGGCUCUCCUUAAAUAAGGACGACAUGGGCAAUCUAUAGAUCUCCUUGCAAAGUCUAGAGAUCAAUGAAAUGGGUUGUCGAAUCGUUUCCGAUGGCUGUCACCCGGCAGAGCAUAAAAAUGACGACUUUGCAGCUCUCUAGCGGCUAUCUCCUGACGGAGAGGAGUUAGAUGGAGGUGGGGUGCAUGUUAAGGAACUUCAUCCUUAGGUCUGCACAACAAGGAGAGGCUCUUCAUCGCAUUUGGUACGCUCUCAAGAGGUGGCGACUCGUCUCCCAAUAGAUCAUCCUCUUCUUGACGACGGCUUGUUCAUCGAUCAAUCGGAGAUGUUUUACUCGAUAGAUUCGCGAUCCUUUUCUCACAAAUCGUUCAGUAAUUUUAGUAACAAUGCUGCGCAAAUCGCAUUGACGAGCUUUUCGCCGAUGAUCCAACGAUUCUAGUAGCUUAAUCGUUCACCGGCGAUCUGCAAGAAAGUCGCAAUAAUCAAAUAAAAAAUAUGAGUUUUGGCUCUAGGAGGAUUUUAACCCGUGCCGGUUGCCCACCCUUUCUAGGGAAGGUGUGAUGCAAGUUUAAUCUCACAUCGCUUGUGUCGCGAAGUUUUUGGCAAAUAUAUAGUAAUAUUACAUUUGGAAUCAAGUCACUUUCUCGCAUGUGUACGACCACUCCUUGCCUCAUAGUUGGCUACCCACUAGUGACGUGGAAAGGGAGUGGCGCACACGUGCUCCUAUCAGUCCUAGCUAUUUGA